AUGAGUGCCCAUCAAGUAAUUACUGGGGCUCUUAAUAAAGGAGAGAACGUGUUUAGUGUAGGAUCUGUAGAUGGAAUUAACUUCACGGUAAUAGGGACUGAUAUUGUCAUAUUUUCAUCUUCUUUCGAGCGAGUACAGGUCAUCCCUGGUUCUAAUGCUGAAACAGAGCAAAUUGUAACAUGCGUAAACUGCUGUUCUGAGUCAGGCAAGAUAGCCGUUGCAUACGGGAAAUUAAUCCGGAUUUUUGAACCUGUUUAUCAGGAGGGCGAGCCAUGCAAACACAAAUUGGACUACAGAUGGCACGAGGCCCAGUCGAUUGCAAUGGACGUUCCUGUUGGUCCCGUCCUGUGGAAUCUUGAAGGUUAUCGACUGCUUAUUUGUUGUGGUGAUAGGUUACUACUUUAUCAACAUCGGGACUUUGCCGCUUUAUGCAGUAAUGGUUCGAAACAGAGUGGGAGUGCCGUUAUGUUCAGCAUCACUGAAGAGGCGUAUUUUUCGUUUUUUAGUAGUUAUUUUCCUAGUUUUAUCGCUUGUGGGUAUGUACUUGUCGUCCAAUUUCAGGAGCAGGAAUCUCAGGUGGCUGAUGUUUUUUCACCAAUUUGGGAAUCUGUUUGGGCAGUUAAUCUUGCAUCUCCUCCUAAAUUCAUCUCGUUUUCGCCAGAUGGUUCAUUAUUAGCUACAUGUGGUGUACAUGAUAGGAUGAUUAAAAUAUGGUUUCGAGAAAGUGAUUUUGAUGAAAAUGCCAAUUCGAUACGGUUUAACUUUACUUACUUACAACACCCAGCACCUGUAAGCGGUUUUGAGUGGCGAAAAAUCAGCCGAUAUAUGCCCAGGCGCUGUGUGCAAAAUGUACUGUUGUCUUGGUGUGAGGAUAAUACGGCUCGCUUGUGGAAAGAGGAUCCAUUACUUGACGGUUGCCUUUAUUUGAAUAAUGACACCACAGAAUCUUCGUGCUCUGACGACCCUAAUUAUGAAAAGUUUUACCACAGUCACAGGCGUUAUGCCAGAGCAAAACGAAAAUUAUUGCUACGUUUCAAAAAUUUAAUGAAGAUCCGGAGAAAAAAGGUUGACGAUAUUUCACAUACUAUCAACAGAAGUUCUUCUGCUGUAAAUAACGCACUAAAUGAGUUUAACUUAUCUGGUGAAGUUUCAGACUGUUUUCUUGUCCCAUCGUUAGAAAGUAGUUCCGUGAAUUGUAAAGCUUUCUCCGUACACUGGUUAAAUAACAAGGAAUUGUUGUACGGUGUUGGUGGAGAAAAAAUUAUUGCUGAAAUUCUUCUUAAUGAACAGCCAAACCAUCCGAAUACUGAAACUCCUAGUGUUACGACUGAGGAGGAUGGAGGUGAUAGUGUAAAUGGUACUUCGGUCAAGCCCAGCACUCCUGCAGUUUCACUGUCUAAUGGCACUUUUCGAUCAUCUGUGGAAGCACUUUCUACGCACUCGUAUUUAAAAGACGUUGUAGAUCUUAAGUUAGAAGCUCUUAUUAGGGAUUGGUGUAAAUCAAGUGACAUUAUAUUUGCCGUUCAUCCUGUUGAUGGAAGCCUCUUGACUUGGACUGUGGAAUGGUUAGAUGAUCCUUGUCGACAACCAACUGUAAGCUUCACAUCCCGGUUUCCAUCUGCGUUCCCUCUGACGGAUGCAGCUUCUUUAAACCCCUCGUUAUAUACAUUUAGUUCCGAUAUACCAAUAUAUUUCCCAGUUUUACACCAGCGAGAAUCACCUGGUAAACGGGAAGAACACACAUUUCGAGGUUAUCGAGCAGGAAAAAGGAUUUGCAUGGUUGCUUCACAGUGCGGCCUGUUGCUUGCCACCACGAAUAUGAUGGCUGAACUGCUAGUUUCUAAACAUUUUUGUGCUGCUCUCUGUUUAUGCUUGCUCAGUAUUAUUCAUCAGUACCUUGGGAACAUAAAAGCCGGAUGCCCCCUUAACUCGUUUCGCGCAAACAUUGUUAAAUUAUGGGAUGGCAGUAGUACGAAUCUGUUGUAUUUACUAACCAGCCAUGAAAAUGGCUCGCUUAAUUUGUGGCAUUUAUCGAUGGAGGAGAACUCGAAGUUUACUACAAUCCUGAAUGUAUCUCAUGUCUUUCGGAUGUGUGGACAUCGUUUUCAGAUAUCUCGGAUCGCACCUCACCCAGGACUUCCACUGAUGCUAACUUCGAGUCAGUUUAGUGACGUCGAAGGGAAAGCUGGUGGUGUUGGGAAAGCAGAAUUGAUACUGUGGAAGAUAAACCCAAUAGGGCCGCUGUGCAAAAGUGGAGGAGUUAGAGAACUGGCUCGAGUUGCCGGUGGGUCGGCUAAAUCAUUCACAUGGAUGGCCUGGAUUCCCGCGAUACUGCCAAGUUGCACAUGGGGUUCAGCUUCAAAUUCACCUAGUUCGUGUUUUAUUGCUAGCGAUGGAAAUACCAUUGCAGUUUACCAAGCUAUUGUGGAUGCAUCAGGUUUUCUCGCUGAGAUGUAUGCUGGUACUCAAAAUGGUGGCGUAACUUCAUGUGACAGGUUUUUAAUUUUGAUGAAGGUUUUUAGUAGUGUCGACGGAGAUUUUUCUUAUGAAGACAAGGAACAGUCAUCUUCAAAAAGAAAUUUAAAGGAUUUGUUCAAUGUAGUUUCGACACAGUCAACUGCGAAACCAGGAUGUGUACUUUAUCUAAGUAAUUUAAAGGGGUCGAAACACGAUGCUGAUAAAGUCUUGCUUCUGCAUGUUUUCAACGAGCGUUUGGUUUUUUCUGAUGAAAAUUAUAAGUUAAAUUUAUCGGAUGUGGCUGAUGCAGCAGUAAUUGACAGGACAAGGCAUCCAUGCUUUUCUGAUCGGUAUUUCGUUGUGUUAAUAGAACGCCAUGGGAAGUGUGACAGAAUUCGCAUGUGGUCUUUGAACAUAACCUCCCAGCGACCGCUGCCGCACUAUGAAGAGGAGUCUGAAAGUGCAGGUCGCGCUGCUUCUCAAAAACCUGCUUCUACAGCGCGAUUAGAAUUAAGUUCAGAAGAAUUGUGUGAUCAUGAAUUACCUCUUCCGGAAGGAGUUAGAGUUAUGACGGCUAUGGCGACUGCUGGUCAUUUGCCAUCUUCAAACUUGUAUCCUGCGUGUCGGGCUCCUUAUGUUUUGUUAACUGCUUGUUCAGAUGAGCGUGUAAGGUUUUGGAACUGUGUAAGAGUUCAGCAGCCAAGUGGAACUUAUAGUUAUUCCUGGGAGAAGUGGCGGAUGAUUGGAGAUUUGAUGGAUUCAGAUCUUGAACUGGAGGGUAGGACACUUCUUGCUGACUGUUUAGGUCAAAUUUUUGCUAUAUCUUCUGCUCACAGUGGAAGGUUUGCCUGUGCAUAUAUGCCUGAGGGUACUGUACUGACUAAGUCGAGUACACUAAGAAGCAUAAAAGUUGGUGUGUUCGAAUGCGAGUCGUCCGGAGGUGUUGAGUGGUUGCGGGAAGACACACUUGUUAUCGAUAAAAAGCCUUUAUAUCUUAAAAGGAAUUCUGAGGCACCAUCUCUCAACACACUGAGCGAGUCUGGCUCAGCGUUGGCUGUUACUGAGGCUGAUGGCAGUCACAUACGAAUUGAUUGGGUUUCUACAGAGGAUGGAUCCCACCUUUUAACUGUUGGUGUUGGUUCGUUUAUUUAUUUAUUCACUCAAGUUUCCCAGGGUGCAGCGCAAAGAAAUAUUGUGAUGAUGAAGGAGCACGAAACUCACAAAAGACCUCCACUACGAAAAGCGUCUUCACUUGCUAAUCCAGAAAGGAUAUCUACUCGCUUGGUUCAUUGGUUAUGCAUAAGAUACCUAGAAUUACAAUCUGCCGAUGGUCGUCCACCGCUUCCAACGACUGUGAACUGGGUACGCGAUGGCAUUCUCGUUGUCGGGAUGCAUAGUGAAAUGCGUUGUUAUAGCCAGUGGAGUUUAUCCACUCCGGAAUUUGUGAAACAUCAAACGGGCGAGGAGAGGCCAAAGGAGGCUAACUUGAAGAAAAGAGGAACAGUGCCACACCUUGGUGUUGUUGCUUCACUGAACAUAAGCCCUUCACAUUCAAUGUUAGACCAGUUAUCUAAGAAGACGCGUGGAGAAUUUGGUACAUCAAGUAAAAUGUUGAAGGAAAUGAUGCACAGAGCGAUAUCUGCGCCUCGAGACAUGCACGAAUUAGCUUCGAGGGAUGAACAUGUUCUUGAAGCAAUUAGUGAUGAAGGGCUUUUUGAGGCAGCUAGGCUGGCCAGUCCAAUACUGCCUCAAUAUCAUCCAAAGCAAUUGAUUGAAUUGCUAAAUUCUGGGAAAACUAGACGUGUUAAAGCUAUACUUCUGCACGUUAUCCAUUGCUUGAAGCAGUCAAACGUGUCUAUUCCUAAUCCUCUUUCACGGGCUGCAUCUAUUCGACGCAUGUCUGUCAGUGAUGCUAAUGAAGCUGGGUAUGGCCAGUCAAAUUUGUCAUCUCAAGAGGCUAACAGAGGGUUAACUGACGCAUUUGACGAUGCGAAUCCAGAAUACGAUGAACUGGAUGGUAUCGCACCGUUACCUCUUUAUCUCCUUAUGGCAGCGGAUCGAGAAACUGCGUCCGCAAGUGGAGAAAGUGCUGUUAAUAAUAAGGACCAGUAUAAGAUGCUUUUUGAAGCAGAAACGAUUGAGGAUGAUUUAGACGAGAUGCUUGAUGAUCACAAAGGGAAUCUUUCUCGUCGAAGUUCUAUUUCAGGAGACGUACAGUUUAAUACAGAUAGAGUUUCUACAGUUUUUACUGCUCGGCACAAUCGUAUACUAACAGAUUUCUUAACGCACACUCACUUACCGGGGCUUUCAAGUGUAGAUCAAAUGCACUUGUUAGCUGUAGCAGACACUUUAAGCCACUUUUCUGCCGAUGCUAUGGAUAAACUAUCGCAAGCGAACGCAGCACUGCAGUCUGUGCAGCCAUCCGUAGUGAGAGACGCAGCAAGCGGGUAUGCGACUGCAGCUUCGGGCAGUGAAACCGUUGACGAAUGUGGUUUGCGAUUCCUGAUGGCUAUGAAACAGCAUGAAUAUUUGCUUCUUUGUCUUCCUUUAAAGCAGAGACAAGCAUUGCUUCAGAGGUAUUUCCCAUCUUUUGCAACUUGCUUAAUUCCUUUAAAUUUUACACAAUUUGUUCACUACAGAGGACUUUCGUCUUCUAAUAUUAUAUGGGCGUUGCAUUCGGAAACGGAAACAGAACUGCUGAAUGCAAUUCCUGGUCUUGUUAAAUCGCAGCCUACGUGGGAUGAGAUGCGUGCACUGGGUGUGGCAUGGUGGCUAAAGAACAAUGCCUCUCUGUGCUCUGUUGUUGAAAAAGUAAGUUGUUUUUUUUCACUUUUAUCUAGGAAGUACUUUUUCCUUUUUUAGGA